AUGGCGGCAUCCAUUCUGAAUCACAAGUCUGGUGGAGUGGCUUUCAUUCGCCCUUGCAUGCCGCAGGGGCAGCACUCGCAGGCGGCGGCCGAUAAACAUAUCAGAUACACGGAGUUCGCAUCUGGGCGCUCGCAGCGGUUGGCCAUCAAGUCUGCUGAGCCAAGUGGAGCGAUGCUGGCGACAUACAAUAGCAGCAACUAUGGGUUGACGGAAGAUGAGGUGGCGUCUCUAACGUGCAGAAUUGCUGCAGAGUCUGAAAUAGCCGCGCGCUCACCUAACAUCGUGACGGUAAUUGCUUUGGGGGAUUUUUUCAGCAACGCGGCGGAUGCCCCGACGCACCUUCGCGCGCCUGGGAUCGACAAGGGAUUCAAAGCCCAACCGUGCCAGCGUGGCGUGAACAUGAAUCUCAAGCGAUGCCUGCAGUUGAAUGUGAAGUCCUUUGACUGGUCUGCGGGUUGCCCCGCCGACGCAAGAAGGUUUCGCGCGAUCGACGGCACGUGCUUCGCCGACGGCCUCUGGCUACAGGAUGUAGGCCGCGAGGAACUCCCGACGGUGCUGUGCACUGCCAACAAGUGGUCGCCCGAGCACUGGCAGGCCCGUCUUGCUCCAGAGAUCGCCCGCGCGGAGAGCCCCGGGGCCCCCAUCCAGAAGACCAUCGCGAAGAGCUCGGAAAAGCUAGCGAUGUCCUGGCCUCGUUUGAGAGGCGCGCUGACGGGCGCGCCCCCGGCAUGGCAGAUCUCCGCGGUCAAGACCCCGGAGGAGCAGCAGCAGCAGCACGCGCAGACGGGGACGGGCAGCGCAUUCCCGAACCGCUUGCGCCACCCCAUGGGCCCGUCAAAAGAGAACAGUCGGUGCCAGAUCACCUCCACAGGAAGCAGGGGCUUUGUGACCAUCAAGGGCAACGAGGGCACCAAGUUCCUGGAGGCGUACACGCCUUUCACGGCGUUCAUGUCAAAGGUGGAUAAGGCCCUCAAGGAGUCCGAGAAGCGGAUCGCCAAGGCCGCGCAGUUCUUGAGCCAGAAGACGAAGGAGCUCAGCCACGCCAGCAGCCCCAGUGGCGGCCCCUUGAGGGAAGCGGAAGGCGAGCUGAAGAAGAUGAUCCCGAAAGCCAACGCGGCUCACAGAGGAAUCGAGAAGAUUAUGGCCAACGUUGCUGCUUCCAAGAAAGAGUAUUCCCAGAAGGAGCUGGCGGAGAAAAAUGCGUACCUCGAGGCCAAGGAGCGCAAGGAGGCCGAGGCCAUCCUGAGCUUCGCCAGCGCCAAGAUGGAAGCGGUGGAGGCGGCCGGCAAGCGGCUCGAGGAGGUGGUGCGGCCGUUGACGGCGCUGGAGGGGGAGGAGCUCGAGGCGUUCGGCACGCCAGCCUCGACCUUGGCGGAGGCGAAGACAGUGCAGACGUCUGCGGCCGAGAUCAUCAGGGAGGCCCGAGAUUCUCUGAAGGAGAAGCUGGACGUACUCGGCAAAGUACCUUGCCCGCAGCAGGCGCAGAGGGAGCUGCGGAGGCUCACGGGCAAGAUGGAGGCGGCCCAGAGGAGACGUGCCGGGCGAAGGUGUCCCAGGCGGAGAAGGCCUGCCGAACCAUCUCGGAGGGGCAAAGGCCGCCGUCAUCUCCAGCGCGCUUCGGGCUGA